ACUCUCUCACUGUUUGACUGUAAAAAGCUUAUUCCCCCCUCUGCAACUUUUGCAGACCAUUAAACGAAGGGAAAGCUUCCCUCCUUUGCUUGUUUAUUUAUACCCCUUUUCUCCACCCACCCUCACAUUCAUUCUUUUCUCCACCAUGGAUGUCUUCAGCCUUCUCAAAUUCUGGCGAAACGCCGGCGUCGGAGACCCCAUAACCACCACCGGUGACUUCGACGACGAAAAUUCCUUCUUCGAUUUAGUCUUCACACACCCAAACAAUUUACAAGACUCUCCAACCCCAACAGUCAACGUCAUUAGUGGCUUUCACAUUCACAGUCACCACUAUCACCAAUCUUCAAAUUUGGAUGGCGCUGAUUUAAAGUCAAAUCACAUUUAUUCCCCUCCCCUUUUUUUCAACAAUAAGAGGAAAAUAUUACCACUAGAUUCAACCACCCAUACAAAGACCCCCAGGUCUCCCUUUCGAGUAUUCAUGCUGGGGUUUCAUAACCAUAAACCCAAAUCAGACAAGAAGGAGAUGAAAUGCGAAAUCGAAGAGGUCACCAUUAGCUCUCUGCUCAACAGCAGUCAUGAUCAGUCACCGUCGAAGCGGUUCUCCAAAGAGGUUGUUAACAGAUACUUGAAUCUUGUUAAACCGUUUUACAUCAAGGUUUCUGGAAGAUCCAACGACAAGGUACGAUUAUCCGAACAUAAUUCGAUGUAUUCGUCUCCAAAAAAGGAGGACAAACCGUCGGUUUUUAAGGAGGUGCGUAAGCAUUUGGGUAAGAGCCGUUCGUCGUCAUCGUCUUCCGCCGUUAAACCUUUUCCGUCACCGGCCGUUAGGAGAGAUGAUUCAGCUUUGCAACAACAAGAUGGAAUCCAGAGCGCCAUUUUGCACUGCAAGAAAUCGUACAAUUCACCUUCUCCAGGGGGUUAUGUUCUGUCAAGAUCUGGAAGUGCACCAUCUCAAGGGCCUAGGAUCUCCAUUGAAGAAGAGAAAAGAAGUAGCAUCUGAAUGGCGGGAACAUAUAUAUUCAUGUAUUUAAUUAAGUACUAUUAUUAUAUAUAUGGUGCUGGUAAUAUCAUAAUGUGUGAAAACUUAGAAAGAUAUGAGAAUGGGGUAGUGAUGUGUAGUUUGAGGUGGUAAGUAGGGCUUUGUAAAGUAAAGGGUGAUGAUUGCAUCAUCAGAAUUAUGACAGGGAGAUUUUAAACAAAUGAUACACAAUAUCUUUUGCU